AUGGCUGAAAGCUCAGUCCCGGGGUCUAACCCAUUCGUCCACUCCAACAGACCCGAUAAAUCUUCCAACUUCCAAAAAAUAUCGGAGGAUGAGGAAUUCGAGGUGACGUCACCCACCGAUAUGACUUUUCGACAGGCCAACGUAGGCGCCUUGUCAGGGACCGCACUUUUCGGAGGAAGCGCAUUUAGUGAAAGCGGGUCACAAGCCUUUGGUGGCUCUUUGUUUGGCCGGGGAAGUCCCUUUGACUCGGGACCAUCGGGCGGGGGCAACGCAGGCGGCGACGAGCCUGAAAAUCUACAAGUCCCCGCAGGAGAGGGAUUGCCGAACAAUUAUGCGCUGGGUCGUCGCACCUCGGUGUCGGCAGAGUCCUUGAACCCAACAUCAGCCGGUGCAGAGGGAUGGACACCCCCGCGUCACCCCAAGACGCAAGAGCAGCUGGCGCGGCUUCGGACCGCUGUCAGUGGGAACUUCUUGUUUUCUCACCUCGAUGACGACCAGUUCAAGACCGUACUUGACGCACUGGUUGAGAAGCCAAUUCCUGCCAAGGACAUUAAGGUGAUCUCACAGGGUGAUGCAGGUGACUAUUUCUACAUUGUGGAGAACGGCCACUUCGACAUUUAUAUUCACUCAGCCGGUGCAGUGCAGCCUGGCCCAGAUGGUCUGGGCAACAAGGUUAGCAGCACUGGACCCGGCGGCUCCUUUGGUGAACUGGCCCUGAUGUAUAAUGCCCCACGCGCGGCGACGGUUAUUUCUACUGAACCUAAAAGCACUCUCUGGGCGUUGGAUCGCAUUACUUUCCGGCGGAUUCUGAUGGACUCUGCAUUCCAGCGACGCCGCAUGUAUGAGGCCUUCUUAGAGGAAGUGCCGCUUCUCUCCUCUCUCAAGCCUUAUGAGCGGUCUAAGAUCGCCGACGCCUUGGAUACAAUCAAGUAUCCUGCCAAUGCCACCGUCAUUUCCGAAGGUGACCCAGGUGACGCGUUCUAUCUGUUGGAGUCAGGCGAGGCUGAGGCGCUCAAGGGUGGCGUGCCUGUGAAGAGCUAUCAUCGGGGUGACUACUUUGGCGAGUUGGCCUUGUUGGAUGACAAGCCGCGUGCGGCGAGCAUUGUCACUAAGACCGAUGUCAAGGUGGCCCGCCUGGGCCGGGACGGAUUCAAGAGACUGCUUGGACCUGUGGAGGAUAUCAUGCGUCGGGCCGAUUAUAAGGUAGACGCGUCCAAGUCUCCUGGUGAUUCAUGA